CACCUUUCCCAGCCGGGAAGCACAUAUUAUGGAGAGGGACUCGGAUGGCAGAACCCGUCCUCACACCCCUGGAACACCCACAUUCGCGCGCCGGGUGGGAAGGAACCCACAGGGCUCAGAACCGGACCUGCUGCACCGCUGUCACUUCACUUCCACCAGCUCUCAAGAGGCUUCGCUUAGUCCUUCACAAUCGAAGAGACCCUGGAGAAGACUAGAUCAUUAUGAUUCUCCUGAGGAUCAAGAUAAGGAGUAUGUUGGAUUUGCAACACUUCCCAAUCAAGUGCACAGGAAAUCUGUGAAAAAAGGCUUUGCCUUUACGCUAAUGGUAGCCGGAGAGUCUGGGUUAGGAAAGUCCACGCUGGUCAACAGCCUUUUCCUGACAGAUCUCUACAAGGACAGGACACAGCUGAACGCCGAAGGUACACCAGGAAGCAGAGCACAGAUCACCAAAACUGUGGAAAUCACCAAACACACCAUUAGCAUAGAGGAGAAAGGUGUGAAACUCAAGCUCACCAUUGUGGACACACCAGGCUUCGGAGAUGCUGUCAACAACACAAAGAGCUGGAAGCCAGUAGUGGAUUUUGUCGAUCAUCAGUUUGAGCAGUACUUCAGAGACGAGAGUGGGUUGAACCGCAAGAACAUUCAGGACAACAGGGUGCAUUGCUGCCUCUAUUUCAUCUCACCAUACGGACACGGUCUCAGACCUGUUGACGUGGAGUUUAUGAGGGCUCUGCAUCACAAGGUCAACCUCGUGCCUGUGCUGGGCAAAGCAGACUGUCUCACUCCUCUCGAACUGGUUAGAAAGAAAAAACGGAUACGAGAGGAGCUCGAGAGUUUUGGGAUCAACACCUACGAGUUCCCUGAGUGUGACUCAGACGAGGAUGAUGAAGUCAAAAUACAAGAUCAAGACCUGAAAGAAAGUAUUCCAUUUGCCGUCAUCGGGAGUAACAUAUUCGUCGAAAUCAGAGGCAGGAGAGUUCGAGGCCGUGCGUAUCCUUGGGGUGUUGUCGAAGUGGAAAACCCCGCCCACUCUGACUUCCUGAAGCUGAGGAACAUGCUGGUUCGGACCCACAUGCAAGACCUGAAGGACACGACACAGGAAACCCAUUACGAGAACUACCGCUCGGAGUGCAUCCGGAACAUGACCCGCAUGGCGGUCAGAGAGAGAAAAUGCAGUGUGUGUGACCACCUGAGAGACAGCAGGACAGAUUUACCCCUGGUGUCUGUGGACGAUGAAACGGAGCGUCUCAUCUGGCAGAAAGACGAAGAGGUGAGAGAUGUUCGUGGAAACCUUGGGUAUGAAUUUUACUCCUGUAGAUGGAGUUGGUUUUUAAUCUGAUGUGUGUUUGUGUGUGUGCAGCUCCAAAGAAUGCAAGAGAUGCUACAAAGGAUGCAAGAGCAGAUGCAGCAGCAUGGAAACUGAAACAGAAGAUCAGUCAUAGAGAUAGAUAAAUAAAACAAUAAUAAUUGACACCCCUGAUGAUUUGCAUGCGAAAGUAAAUGACGAAUAAUACAGGACAACUCGUUUUGUAAAUGUAAGAUUUAUUAUGAAUAGUCAUUAUGUUUUUUGUUUUUGAUUUUUUUAAUUAACCUAGCAUAUUUCAAUAUUACCGCUUUUCUUUCAUGGUGGACAAUUAGAUUUAAAUGCAGCCCAAAAUGUACAGGCGAUAUAUAUAUAUAUAUAUAAAUUUAUAUAUAACUUAAACUUUCUCCAUAGGGAAAAAUGCAGAUUUUUAUAUAUGUAUAUAUAAUAUCAAUGUUAGAAUGAGGUCUAAUGGUCCCCACCACAUCAUACAGUAUUAGACAUGGUCCCGAAAAAAAAAAAAUAAUAAUAAUAAAAAUAAUAAUAAUAAAGGAGGGGAUUGAUGCUAAACUAAGAAAGAAAGAAAACUAAUAAUGCAAUCUACAUGCAAAACCAGGCAACAGUGUCAUCCUCAAAUACAUACACGUACAUGUGAACGCGUGCAUAUCCAUCACUUUUAUAUAUAUAUACACACACACAUACAUAGACAAUUCUUUUUAAAAAAUAAAAGAAAAUACUACUAAUUUUUUUUUACAAAAAAGGAAUUUUUUUUUCCUUUUCUUUUCCCGAAUAUAAAGCACAGCAUGAAAUCGUUCUCCUCUUCACUCUUCUCCGUCGUCAGAUUUAGGGAAAAGUUUUCACAUCUAAAGUGGACAUGACUCCAAAAAAUUAUAAUAAUAAAUCUAAGCUUCAGACUUGC